AUGACGGUGCAAACUCAUCAGCACCAGAAGCUGCACACUGGAGAGAAACCCUACAGAAGCCGUGUCAGGAGAACAUCGUUUGUAAAGAGAUGUGAGUCCCAUGUGUUAGGGGAGCCACUUGUCUUCUGUGAAGUUAGGAAGGACUCUUUGCCAAGCUCAGGAUUACUCCAGCAAGAGGCCACUCACACUGGGGAGAAGACAAACAGUGAAACCAAGCAGAGACCACCUUUUCAGAGGAAAAAACUGACUAGAGCCCCGGAGAAUGCACAAAAGCCUUCAGCACCAAACAGUUGUUCAGCACCAGAAGUCUGUCCCUUAGAGAAGGAUGUUAUGUGUGCAAUGAAUGUGGGCAAUCCUACCUAUAGCAAAAGGAAUAGCUUCAAUAAUCAUCAGAGAGUUCACCCUGGAGAAAGACCUUAUGACUGGGUGGAAGGUGGGCAAUCUUUUAGUCAAAGGACAACCUCAUUCAGCAUCAGCAGGGACACACAGGAGAAGGGGCCUUGUAAGUGUGCAGAAUGUGGGAAAUCAUUUAGGUACAAGUCCCACCAUUUUGAGCAUCAGAGAGUUCACACUGGAGAGAGACCUUAUAAUUGUGGCGUAUGUGGGAAAUUAUUUUACAAGAAGUCUCACCUUCUUGUACACCAGAGUGUUCACACUGGAGAAAGGCCACUCAAAUGCAAUGAAUGCGGGAAAGCAUUUACCCACAGCUCUGCACUCCGUGUUUGUCAGAGAGUUCACACCACACAAAAGCCUUGUGAGUGUAAUGAAGGUAGGAAAUCCUUUGCUGAAAACUCCACCCUCAUCAAACACAAAAGAGUUCACACUGGAGAAAGGCCUUAUGAGUGCAGUGAAUGUGGGAAACCCUUUGCUGAAACCUCCAGUUUCAUUAAUCAAGACUUCCCAUGGCUUCCAAAGAAAGACUUCAAACUUUGUGACUUUUAUUUAUAA